CAUUUCCCAGGAGGCAUUGCAAACUGUCAUAGAACCGUAGCUGCUAGUCUCGCCAGACGUUCGAAGUCAGACCAGGGGGAGACGCAGGGAGACAGAAACCAUUUCGUCUAUUUUAUUUCCAGAAGUAUUCAACUCAUUAGAGGUGUAGUCGAAACUCGAACAGAGAUCGGAUAGGAAAACCCUAAAUCCCCCGCCCCGCCACCCUUGCAAUAGAUAUGAGCGGCAGCGGGAGGCCCAGGACAAGCUCUUUUGCUGAGCCUCAAGGCGCUCCCGGAGCCGCUUCAUCAUCCGCUGGAUCAGCCGCUGUCGUGGGGAGCAACACAGGAAAGUCCGGGGUCUCGCAGGCCUCGGGGACAUCUUCGUCUGGUUGCGGAAAUUUAAAGCUGGCCAGGGACAGUGGGAAGGUGACUACGGUGGUGGCCACCCCUGGGCAAGGCCCAGACCGCCCGCAGGAGGUGUCCUACACGGACAUCAAGGUGAUCGGCAAUGGCUCCUUCGGAGUGGUGUACCAGGCGCGCCUCGUGGACUCCCAGGAGCUGGUGGCCAUCAAGAAGGUGCUGCAGGACAAGCGCUUCAAGAAUCGGGAGCUUCAGAUCAUGAGGAAGCUGGACCACUGCAACAUUGUGCGGCUGCGCUACUUCUUCUACUCUAGUGGAGAGAAGAAGGAUGAGGUGUAUCUGAACCUGGUGCUGGACUUUGUGCCAGAGACGGUGUACAGAGUGGCACGACACUUCAACAAAGCCAAGACCAUCAUUCCCAUAAUCUACGUCAAGGUGUAUAUGUAUCAGCUGUUCCGCAGUUUGGCGUACAUCCAUUCCCAGGGCGUGUGCCACAGAGACAUCAAGCCCCAGAACCUACUGGUGGAUCCCGAGACUGCUGUCCUAAAGCUGUGUGAUUUUGGCAGUGCCAAGCAGCUGGUCCGCGGCGAGCCCAACGUGUCCUACAUCUGCUCGCGGUACUACCGCGCCCCGGAGCUCAUCUUCGGCGCCACCGACUACACGUCCAACAUCGACAUCUGGUCCGCCGGCUGCGUGCUCGCCGAGCUGCUGCUGGGACAACCCAUCUUCCCCGGGGACAGCGGCGUGGACCAGCUCGUGGAGAUCAUCAAGGUGCUUGGAACUCCAACAAGGGAACAGAUAAGAGAGAUGAACCCCAACUACACAGAGUUCAAAUUCCCCCAGAUAAAAGCACACCCCUGGACAAAGGUCUUCAAGCCGCGCACCCCUCCCGAGGCGAUCUCCCUGUGCUCGCGUCUGCUGGAGUACACGCCCAUGACGCGCCUGUCCCCGCUGGAGGCCUGCGCCCACGCCUUCUUCGAUGAGCUGCGCCAGCCGGGAGCAGGCCUGCCCAACGGCCGCGCCCCGCCCCAGCUCUUCAACUUUACCGCGGCAGAAUUGAACAUCCAGCCACAGCUGAACUCCACCCUCAUUCCUCCUCACGCUCGUGCACAGACCUCCGCCAGCUCACACGAUGGAUCUGGAUCAGAUGGUUCUGCUCAGCCCGGUUCAGCCCUCAGCAACAGCACCUGAACUACGCGCGCACACACAGACAUGUACACACACACACAUAUACACAUUCACACACACCCAAACAUUCAUUCAUAAACAAAGUAGCACAUAACCGUACACCUCAACACGAGCAACUGACCCUGAACACAGAUGUACACACGCUCACACAUACAAACAUACACGUUAGAAAACUGAACCUUAACCAUUACCUCAACCUCAUUGUCAGAAUGAGAACACACACACACACACACACACACACACACACACACACACACACACACACACACACACACACACACACACACACACACACACACACACACACACACACACACACACACACACACACACCUCCUGAUAAUUCAUAAUUUUGUUUUGUUACAAAUCGAAAGGGAUACUCUCUUACUAAAAACAUAAAUACACACACACACACACUACCCCUCUUUGACGUUCAGAUGUACAUAAAGAGCUCUACAUUUCAGUCCCACUGCAUGGACAGUUCUCUUCCUGAGGUUCAGGCCAGUGAUAGAGCAAGGGACAAAGCAGAGAGAGCAGAAAUUCACCCAGUCAAAGUAAGCUACCUAUGUAACACAGAGACACACACACACACACACACACACACACACACACACACACACACACACACACACACACACACACACACACACACACACACACACACACACACUCACACUCUCCCAGACACACAAGCUUUUCGGUCUAAAUACUCACAAAAAUACAUACACACACAGCCACCCUUUUCACUUUUCAUAUUCAGUAACCCUCACACCGGUCUCUCUUGUUCCAGACAACAGUAGUAUCAGUCCUGUUAAAAAACAAAAGCAAAAUGGGUGUUUGUACAUGGACCAAGCAACUCUAUUCAUCAAAGCAAGAGUCCUUCCCCAUAACACCCAUAUUCAUUCAUUCAUUCAUUCAUUCAUUCACUCACCCAUUCAUUUUGGGAUUGUUAUUAGACCUAUGGUCUUGAUUAUGGCGUGUUAGUUGUAAGACCCAUAUUCACGUCCAUGGGGGGUUGUGUAGGUGUGUUUUAAAUGUACUCAUGUAUAGAGGUGCGUUAUACUAGCUGUACUCAUGCCCCAUGGGAAAUUUGUACAUCACUACUCUACUCAUGACUAUGGCGAUCGUUAUAACCCCUGUAUUCAUGUUUACAAAGACAGCAGAACAUACUAGUGGCUGUGGAGGGCCGGGUCCUCUGUUUAAAGAAAAAAAAAAUAAGAGUCUGCUUUUAUUGAGAGAUUUUUUUUCUCCUUUUUUAUAUAAAGCUUAAUUUAUUUGACUGCACAGACAAUGAUGUUUGAAAAAAAGAAAAAAAAAAGAUAACGAGACUUCAUGCCACCAAAAUACCAGGUCAGAUGUUUUAGCGUCAGGUUUGACUGUAAAUGGCAAAAAGGCAUUUAGGUCCAGGUCCCUCUGAUAAAUAAAAAAGGAGAUAGGUGUUUAAGAACAACCACAGAAUGGUGUCACAAGUGAGUUUUUCAGAAAACAGGGAAUACGAAGAAGCUAUGAUUUUAUACUUUUAUUGCAUUGUAUUUUUUAACAGUCUUCUUUCUGGCUUUUGUUUUAUUUUUUUCCCUCACUUUUUUUCUUCUUCUUUUUUCUGUUUCUUCUGAAUCUAUUUAUUGUUUUCAAUCCGUUUUGAAUCUCUGUUAGGGUUUAAGGGUUAAAAGCGGGAGGGCUGGGUUGUGGAGAGUGAAAAAAAUAGGCGAGUUUUGGGAGACACCAUCUCCCAGUAAUGGGCCAGGUAUUGACAUACGGUAAUCUCCCGAACAAAGGGGGGUGCCCCUUUUCAAUACAAUGCCUGCCACAGUGUACAUACUUAAUCUGCCAUGAAAAUAUAUAUCGGUAAAAUAAGGAAAAUGAAACGAACACUGUCAUAGUUGUGAGUGCACCGUGCCGGUUGAAGGAAGGCAAAAGAUCAGAAAGAUAUCUAGGAACAGGACUUUGUUUGGGUUGUAUGGGUUUGCGGACUCUAUACAACAUUGCAACCACAGUUACAAAGCAAGUUCUGUUGACAUUAUGCAGCAACAGACCUUAUUAAACAGGGAUUUCCGUUCUCCGACAGGGUAUAUACGUGUAAUUGAUGGCUAAUGCAGAACAUUUUAGUGUUAAAAGACAUGUCACAUGUUUCUAUGGCUAGGUGCUUGGACUGUGCACCGGCCUUGAGGUUUGGAUGACAGUCUGUUCAUCAUGGAAUAUGGCAAGUGAGGUGUGAUGUUUUCCUCCGGUAGAGUCUGGGUGUUAAAAAAAGUCCCUCCUCUUGAUUCCUUUUUAGGCGAUAUAAGAAACUGGCCGCUAGUAGAGAAGUAGCUGAAGUAGACAAGACUUGCGUGGCUGUCUUCUUUUUGUGCAUUUUUUUCUCCUUCAGUUUUUUUUGUUUGUUUUUUGUUUUAAUUCAUUUUUUUCCGCUAUGUGCGCAACUCAGUCACACCUUCCAAUGUACUAGAGAUAAGAACGUUAAUGCAUCAGUAUUGAUUCGUAGCAAUCCAGCUGCAUUUUCUGACAUGUACAGUGUAACUUUCCCUCCUCUUUGCCUCUCCUGUAGAGCAAAAAACAUUCAACAUUUUUUUUUAAAAUCCUUUGUUCUUUCUUGGUCCUUUGUCGCACUUGUCUGCCGUAUGUGGUGGUGAUCACUUUUUGUUUGUUCAGUUUAACUUUCCUGGCUUUUUAUCACUGAUUUUUUUUGUUUUGUUUUGUUCUUUUUGUCAGGUGUUCUGUGGAAGUGCUGUGUCUUUGACCAGAUUCACUCCAGACACUUGUCUGUUUGUAAAUAUUGUUGUAUCUCAAGCCCUGUGUUCCAGAUUGUAAAUACCAAAACUGUACCACUUUUCUCGUUUAUUUUUCUUUCUCUCCUUUUUUGAUUUUUAGAAUGUAUCUCAGUCGUCAUCUCUCUCUCUUCCUCUCUGCUACAAAUGUGGUGAUCUGCUCCAUGUUGGGAAGCGACAGGACAGCAAUUGCUUUCAUUUUUUUCUCCUUUUUUAAUUUAUUGUGGUUUUAGAUGGUGUCUUCUCGUGACAGGCGUGAUGUCCAAUGACGUUACUUAACUGCUGUGCGUGUGUUUGAGUACGAGUGUGUGUGGAUGCGUGCAUGUUUACGUUUUUAAAGCUGUGUACUGUAUUGGUUUCCUUUGGCUGAGUCAUCAUUUCAAAGUAAGGGAAGCUGUGAUACUGGGGGCACAUUCAGUUAGUUUCAGCCCACACACUGUUGUCUGUGUUCAAUGUUUGAUGAAGUUCCUCAAACCAUUCAUGGUAGACUUCCAAAACAGAAAGGGAAAACAUUGUUCUGUAAAUGAGCUUCAAUUCUGUGAUUUCUGGCAGUGGGUCCACUGCUGCUGCUGUUGAGGAAAAAGAUAAAUCUGUGGCUAGUUGUUGCAGCCAUUUUGUAUGAGAUGAAUGCUGAACUGUAGACACUUUGAGCCAAUGAUGGUGUGUAAGGGGGUAGCACCCCACAUCUCUCAAAACAUGUUUUGCUCCAUCGGUCUUGUUUCUAAGGAGUUGACUGACUGGAUGUUGUCUUGGAAAUACUGUUCCCUGUCUGUAACAGAUGACUGUAGCGUUAUAUUUUAUUUUAUUUUUUUUUCCUCAUGUGAUCGUGUCAUGUCUUAACUGAUACCAGGGUUUUAGUGCGGUUUAGCUGACUGGAAGAGGAAGAGAGACAGAAGAGAGGGGAGAUAACAUGCUUGUCAGUCUGAUUAAAAUAAAGAGAUGAAACCUC